UUGGCUAUCAAGAAUAAUAUCACUUUGUUUUAUAAACCGGAUGUAUAUUGACAAAUUUCAAGAAGUAACAGACAUGGAGAAUACGGAGAUGAUAGAUGUAGUCAUAUCUUUUGAUACAACGUAUUCUAUGUAUACUUGUCUUGAACAAGUGAAAAGUAAAAUGAAAGGAAUGAUAAGAUUGCUGAAAUCUAAAAUACCAGAUAUCCGUGUUGGCGUCAUUGCACACGGCGAUUAUGAUACAGACUUAUAUCUCAUCAAGUAUGAAGAUCUUACUGCAAAUGCGGACAGACUUUGCUCAUUUGUAAAUGCGGCAGGUUGUAAUGCUGGAUCAACAUGGGAUGAAUGUUACGAGGUAGCUUUACAUUAUAGCAGAACGAAACUGUCCUGGCGAGACAACAGUUCCAGGACACUAAUCAUGAUUGGAGAUUGUCGACCACACGAUGUCGAUGAUCCUCAAAAUGAACAAAAAAUAGAUUGGGAAGACGAAAUAAGGCAGCUACGAGAAAUGAAUGUAAAGAAUAAUGCAGUUCAAUGUCAAAACAGAGCAUAUGCUGACUCGUUCUAUCAAAAGAUAGCAUCGUCUACGUUUGGACAUUAUGUACCACUUAACGAUAUGAACAAAAUUGAAGAGGUGAUUAUGUCAAUUUGCUUCAGAGAAGCUGGACUUGAACAGAGCAUGACAUUGGGGAAUCAAGCAGAAUCUAAAGAUGUAUGAAUGAAAAAUAGAAAUUGAGUCAAAUUAUCCAAAAGCUAUACUUAAUGAGGAGUCCGACUCUGAUGAUGAAGAUGAAGGAAAUGGUAUGAAGUGUCCACUCUGUAAAGUCAAUAAACCUGCCAAUGAAUUUCCAACUACGACUGUGAGCGAAGAAUGUGAACAUGCUCCACUAGAAUGUCUAAGAUGUGUAGUGAAACACGUUAAAGAGACGGGAAAAUGCCCACGUGAAAACUGUGAUAUUGAUGUACAGCCUAAAUGUGGCAUGAUAGAGUUCUUUCAAGCAAAAUUAGACAGGCUUUUUGUAGAUUAUAAUAUCGGAACAACAAGCAAGACUGAUGACACCUGGUUUUGAACUGAUUAGCGUUUCGACUAUGAACGGCGAUACAGAGUGGUUUCCCUUUAGGGCAGAUAUGCAAAUAAUCGAAUUGAAGCGGGAAAUAAACGAGAAACUUGGUGUUAAGGUGAAACAACAGCGACUCAUUUAUAAUGACACAAAUCAUAAAUUUGUUGUUGUUGUUUGUUUGUUUGGUUUUUCAAUACAUAACUUAUGUAAAGUACGAUUUUGUUUCAUAUGCCCUCGUGUUUUCAGAUGAAAUUUUUAUAUAUUGCCGCAUACCUGAUUUAAUUGAAGUAUUAUCUUUUCAUAAUUACUUCAGUUAGUAUUAUUUUGCAAUUUGCUAUAUAUUUAGCUUUGUCGUUUUGAUACAAAUAUGAUUUGCCAUUUAACUUUUGUUAAGGGAGAUCACCAGGCAGAGACAUGAUGAUUCAGCAAUUUCAAAGUUAUUUCUCUUUUUUUAUUACUAGAUUACAUGUAUAAUGUUACAGUAAUCUUACAAUGUGAUUGCAUUAGUCAAUUGUAUAUCGGUAUAUGACCUUUUAUGAUUCUCUUGCUAAGCAAGUUUAAGAUAAAUUGUUAUUGGUAUUGUUUUUGUUAACAUGUGAUUGCAUUAAUUCAUUUGAUACGUAUGCUUCUCUUGUUAAAUUUAAGUUUUAAUGUGGUAUUAUUGGUGUUGUAUUUGCGGCAAUUUUCUCAUUUGUUUAUUAAAAAAAAUCUAGCAUGUAAAUUAUAAACGGAGACCAGCCAAAUAUUCCAAGGAUAUUGUAUACACAUACAUGAACAAGCAAGCGAUAAGAGAUAAAAGUUACUAACAAGUAAGUAUUGUAAGAGAAUAACUGAUGUAUUAAUUGCUCAAAGCCAGUUUAGCAUCGUAACAGAGAUGGAUCAUUCAGCAACUGAUGACAGUAUGCCACAUGUUUAAAAUGUUUAAUAGAUUGAUGAAUUAGAAGUGCAUUAAAUUAGUUUACUUUUUUAAAAAAGUCAACCAGUACUAAACAGCCUGUAUCAAUCAAACAUUUUUUUUUCAAAUUGGCCUAUUUAAACAGCUUUAAGCUAUAUUAUAGAAUUUAGAAGGAAUACUAAAUUUAUAAAACAUGACCAAAUUAUUAUUAUAAUAUUUUUUACUAGAUACAUAUCUGAUAAUUUCAUAUUUUCUUUUUGCAUAUAAGAAGAUCAAAAUCAUUUCUAAAACAAUACUUUUCAAUUCUAAAUCCAAAAAGUACAAAAGAAAUUCGCAAAAUAUCUACUUUUGGAAAAUCAUAUUCAACAAUUAAAUGCAAUGCUUUGAGAUGUCAUAAAACAAAAUCCAAGAUUAAUUUUGUCAAUGCAUAUUGUCACUGAUUAUGCAAGAAAGACGUUUUAUUGCAAAGAAGUAUUUUCUAUAAAUAUGCAAAUUAUGAUAUGCAAACUAGAUGUCACAGAAAUGAUAUAUUUUUUUUAAUAUUCUAGGAUCCUAAUUUUCAUAAUUCCGCGAGUAUCAACCUAGUUGCUCUGAGAAUAUAAUUAAUAAAAUUAUAUUUCUAUCAACAGUCUCGAUUUAUUAUAUUUUUAUGCUUAACUUCAAUGCUUCUGUCGUUUAGUUGUAUUUGAAAACCGGUAUCAAUUACAAGAAACAGAUACAUGAAGAAAGUUAUAGAUUUGAGAAUCCUAGUAACCAUCGGAUAUGUGGCAUUCAUGCAAUAGAUAAAUGCAUGCAUGUUCCUAUUCGCUUUGUGAACGUAUUUGAGAAAGUUCUGCAAUUGCAUAUCAGGAAAGAUCUAACUCAAGGAUAACUUAUGCUUGAAUCGUUAUGAAUGAGUGCCGCGCUUAAAAUGUUUUCCAGUCGAUUUAUUUACUUUAUUGACCACCCAUGUUUCAAUAAGAGUUGGCCUUCUCUGAU